AUGUUUCUGUCUCCCGCUCAGACCAGCCUGAAGGCUCAAGCUGCAGGUCUGCAGGACUGGACUGAGGGAUCCUUGAGAAGUGUUUCACUCCGCAAGAAUAGCGUCGCUGUCACUAAAUCUCAGACUGUGCGGAAGAAAGCCAGAGGACCCCUGGUGGUGAAGGCAGUGGUUCCUAAGAAUCUGGUGGAUGUUACCACCAUUGAUGAGAAGAAGUUCGAGGCAUUGGUGCUGCGACGGGUGGUGUUCGGCCAUGAUGACUGGAAGAAACACAAAUCUAGCGGACGGUACUUCCGUCACAUGAAGUCCAUGCUUACGUCUAAGGUUAUCGGCGCGCUCGGACCCGCAGUUUCCGUGAUGACUGGAAUCGCAGCUGGUGUGGUUGGAUGGAAUGAGCUGGUCACGAUGGGUGCAUUGCCGGAGUGGGCUCCCGUGCUGCACAUGUCCAACCUCCCGUACACCCUCACGGCACCUGCUCUCUCCUUCCUCCUCGUCUUCCGGACCAAUGCCAGCUAUGGCCGUUUCGACGAGGCUCGCAAGAUGUGGGGGCUCAUGCUGAAUCGCACGCGCGACAUCACGCGACAGGCGCUGUCGUACAUGGCUCGCGACCAGUACACGUACGAGUACCCCAAGCGCGCUCAGUUUAUCCGCCACCUGCAGGCGUUCGCGCUUACCUACAAGCACCACUUUCUGCAAGAGGGCUCUCUGGAGGAAGACCUUCGUCAAUUCACCACUCUGUCCGACGAGGAGAUUGCGGGGAUUCUGGGGGCAACCCACAGACCCAACUAUGUGCUGCAGAUGAUGUCGGAGUGCAUGCGCUCGUGCCACAUGGAGCCAGUGCACCGCGUGGCCAUGGAGGCCAACUUCGCGACAUUCGCGGAUGACAUCGGAGGCAGCGAGCGUCUCUUCAAGACGCCCAUCCCGCUCUCCUACACGCGCCUCACCUCGCGUUUCCUGGUCCUCUACCACAUGUUCCUGCCUUUCGCCCUGUGGGACCCCCUCGGCUGGCUCACCAUCCCCGUGACUGCCACGUGUGCGGCCAUCUUUUUCUGCAUCGAGGAAGUUGGAGUGCUCAUUGAGAACCCCUUCCCCAUCCUGGCACUCGACGUCAUCGCUCAAUCAGCACGGAACAAUGCUGGUGAGCUCGUGUCACUGCAUGAGGGCAUUCGCAACCUAGUGGUGGAGGACGAUUUGGAGAUGAAGAUGCUGUCAGCAGUCUCCCAAGAAGCACUGCUGCCUCAUGCGCCUCAGUUGCCAACGGUGACGUAUGGGGAAUCCCGUCGCGUCGCCCGUGCGCCCUGCCCCAGCCCGUCGCGUCGCCCGUGCGCCCUGCCCCAGCCCGUUGCGUCGCCCGUGCGCCCUGCCCCAGCCCGUCGCGUCGCCCGUGCGCCCUGCCCCAGCCCGUCGCGUCGCCCGUGCGCCCUGCCCCAGCCCGUCGCGUCGCCCGUGCGCCCUGCCCCAGCCCGUCGCGUCGCCCGUGCGCCCUGCCCCAGCCCGUCGCGUCGCCCGUGCGCCCUGCCCCAGCCCGUCGCGUCGCCCGUGCGCCCUGCCCCAGCCCGUCGCGUCGCCCGUGCGCCCUGCCCCAGCCCGUCGCGUCGCCCGUGCGCCCUGCCCCAGCCCGUCGUGUCGCCCGUGCGCCCUGCCCUAGCCGUCGCCCAUACGCCCUGCCCUAGCCGUCGCCCAUGCGCCUUGCCCCUGCCCGUCGCGUCGUCCGUGCAGAGCAGCGCGCGCCACCCGGGCAUAGCAGCGCGCGCCCCUGCCCAGGAACGUGCACCCCAGCCAGGAACGUGCGCCCCUGGCCAGACAUGCACGCGCCUCAUGUAUCUUCCUAGCCGCCCACACCUCCUCCUAACCGCCCACACCUCCUCCUAG